ACGAUAUAUAAGACGAUCGAUGAAAUUACAUCGGGAAGGUUGUAUAAGAGAGCAAUGGCACGCACGCUUCCCCGAGCAGCGAGGAAAAGAAAAGAAAAAGAAACGCGAGGAGAAAAGAAAAAAAGAAAGAAAAAUGAGUCGAGUUAAAAAAGAAAAAAGAAAAAGACACCAUGAAUCGCUUAGAGGGCGCGGUGGUUGGGCCUAAUUACUCCUAUCGAAUGUUUUCUAAACAGGUCUCCAGGUGGUGCUCAAGUCUAUUAUCAAGGCAAUGGCGCCGCUUCUGCAGAUCGGCCUGCUGGUACUUUUCGCCAUCGUGAUAUUCGCCAUCAUCGGCCUCGAAUUCUAUUCGGGGACCCUGCAUAAAACGUGUUACAGCAUCAGGGAUAUCAAUGUAAUCGUGAAGGAGGGCGAACAGGCGAGCCCGUGUAACACGGACAACAAAUCCGAGGCGCCAUUCGGGGCCCACGUGUGCGACGCGAACAUCUCGACGUGCAUGGAUCACUGGGAGGGACCAAACUUCGGCAUCACCAGCUUCGACAACAUCGGAUUCGCCAUGCUCACUGUCUUCCAGUGCAUCACUAUGGAGGGCUGGACUGCCAUAUUGUACUGGGUAAAGCAAGAGAUAUGUCCUUCAGUGUUAAAACUACUCUCUCUCUCUCUCUCUCUCUGUCUUUCUCUCUGUUUUCUUGUCUCUCCAUCCCCUCCCCCCUCAUUAUAA